GUUUUGCACUUUUUUUUUUUUUUUUUGGUUGGACAAUAUUCACCUGCUCCCCUCCUCCAAUGGUCUCUUUCCGAUCAACUGCUAUAGUAGGCUUCUCGCAUGGACUCUUUUCAAUCAACUUCUCUCCGGUUUUUGUCCGCCAUCCCAUCACAGACUCUGACCGCUCCUCUCCUCUGUUGUUACGUAUACAGUGCCAACAGAGAUUAUUUUGAAAGAGUAUUAGAUUUCGUAGUCUCGAUUUGAUCCGCUUUGGUCAAUUCAAGUCUUCUUUUUGAUGCUCUGCUUUUCGCACUAACUACCACCCACCCAGUACGCAAGACGCUUUGAUUUGAAUUAAAUUCGAAGUUAUCUCGGAAUACUUUUUUUUUAUCCAACAUUCGAAGUUAUUCUUCCUUCCUCAAGCCUCCUUUUGAAUUCUUUCCCCGUGCUUCAAUAAAGCAAAGGCUAGAGUCUCUGAAUAUUUUAUAGGAGUAUUCUUGCUUUUGCUGAAGUGGGAGGGUCCUCGAUGGAGAGCUACCUGAACGAUAACUUUGGGGAUGUGAAGGCCAAGAACUCGUCCGAGGAGGCGCUUCAGAGAUGGAGGAGCCUCUGCUGGCUAGUCAAAAACCCUAAACGGAGAUUCCGAUUCACUGCUAAUCUCUCCAAGCGCUUCGAGGCUGAGGCUAUCCGUCGCUCCAAUAAGGAAAAGUUUAGAGUUGCAGUUUUGGUUUCGCAAGCUGCACUUCAAUUUAUCAAUGGUCUAACUCUUUCCAGUGAAUACACUGUGCCGGAGGAAGUCAAAACAGCAGGCUUUGAAAUAUGUGCUGAUGAGUUAGCAUCCAUCGUUGAAGGCCGUGAUGGGAAGAAACUGAAAAUACGUGAUGGGGUUGAGGGUAUUGCAAAGAAGCUUGCGUCAUCAUAUGACAUUGGCAUUCCAACUUCUGAGCACUUGCUGAAUCAGAGAAAAGAGAUUUAUGGAAUUAAUAAAUUUAACGAAAGCCCAGUGCGAGGGUUUUGGGUCUUUGUGUGGGAAGCCCUUCAAGAUAUGACCCUUAUGAUACUUGCCGUUUGUGCUUUUGUCUCUCUUCUUGUUGGCAUAACUCUGGAAGGAUGGCCAAAGGGUGCUCAUGAUGGCCUUGGAAUUGUCGCCAGCAUUUUGCUGGUUGUACUGGUCACUGCCAUUAGUGACUACAAACAAUCUCUUCAGUUCAAGGACCUGGACAGGGAGAAGAAAAAAAUUACAGUUCAGGUCACCAGAGAUGGACUUAGACAAAAGAUAUCGAUAUAUGAUCUUCUUCCUGGUGACAUUGUUCAUCUUGCCAUUGGAGAUCAGGUUCCGGCAGAUGGACUUUUUGUUUCUGGGUUCUCAGUAUUGAUAAAUGAAUCCAGUCUAACAGGAGAGUGUGAACCAGUUAACGUCAAUUCUGGUAAUCCUUUUCUCCUAUCAGGAACCAAAGUUCAGGAUGGAUCAUGCAAGAUGCUGGUAACAACUGUUGGAAUGAGAACCCAGUGGGGUAAACUGAUGGAGACCCUUAGUGAGGGAGGAGAUGAUGAGACCCCAUUGCAGGUCAAACUUAAUGGUGUGGCAACCAUUAUUGGUAAAAUAGGCCUAUUUUUUUCUGUUGUUACUUUUUCUGUUAUGAUGCAAGGCCUGCUCAGCCGCAAACUAAAUGAAGGGUCCCACUGGAUCUGGUCUGGAGAUGAUAUGAUGGAAAUCUUGGAAUCUUUUGCUAUUGCUGUUACAAUAGUCGUUGUUGCUGUUCCUGAAGGACUGCCUUUGGCUGUGACACUAAGCCUUGCUUUUGCCAUGAAGAAGAUGAUGAAAGAUAAGGCACUUGUCCGUCAUUUGGCUGCUUGUGAGACAAUGGGGUCUGCCACAAGUAUCUGUAGUGACAAGACUGGGACUCUAACUACUAACCAUAUGACUGUUGUGAAAGCUUGUAUCUGUGGGAAAAUCAAUGACGUAGGAAGCUCUAAGGAGACUUCUAGUAUAGGCUCUGAAAUUCCUAGUUCUGCCUUGAGUAUUCUUCUCCAAUCAAUAUUUACCAACACUGGAGGAGAAAUUGUUAAAAACAAAGAUGAGAAAGUUGAGAUACUGGGAACACCAACUGACACUGCUCUCUUGGAGUUUGGGAUGUUGCUUGGUGGGAAUUUUCAAUCAGAAAGACAAGCACUGAACAUUGUGAAAGUCGAGCCCUUCAAUUCUGUUAAGAAGCGAAUGGGAGUAGCUCUAGAGCUUCCCAAUGGUGGUUUCCGUGUGCACAGUAAAGGUGCUUCUGAAAUAGUAUUAGCUGCAUGUGACAAAGUCAUAGACUCCAACGGUGAAAUUGUUCCACUGAAUGAGAAAUCAAUUAAUCAUUUGAAGGAUACAAUUGACCAAUUUGCCAGUGAAGCUCUUCGAACUUUAUGCCUUGCGUAUAUGGAAAUUGGGAACGAAUUUUCUGCUGAAAGUCCUAUACCCACAAACGGGUACACAUGCAUAGGAAUUGUUGGAAUUAAAGAUCCAGUUCGCCCAGGUGUCAGGGAGUCUGUUGCAAUUUGUAAGGCAGCUGGCAUAACUGUUCGGAUGGUUACUGGAGACAACAUAAACACUGCAAAGGCAAUAGCUCGAGAAUGUGGAAUUUUGACUGGUGAAGGAAUAGCAAUUGAAGGCCCAGAAUUCCGUGAGAAAAGUGAGGAGGAAUUGCUCGAAAUUAUUCCAAAACUUCAGGUCAUGGCUCGAUCUUUACCCCUGGAUAAGCAUACCCUUGUGAAACAGUUACGAACCACUUUUGAAGAAGUUGUUGCAGUGACUGGUGAUGGUACGAAUGAUGCUCCAGCGCUUCACGAAGCAGACAUUGGACUAGCAAUGGGCAUUGCUGGAACUGAGGUGGCAAAAGAGAGUGCUGAUGUCAUAAUCUUAGAUGAUAACUUCUCCACAAUUGUUACUGUGGCAAAAUGGGGACGUUCUGUUUACAUAAAUAUUCAAAAAUUUGUUCAGUUUCAGCUCACAGUAAAUGUGGUUGCCCUAAUUGUCAACUUUUCUUCGGCCUGUUUGACAGGGAACACUCCUCUGACUGCUGUGCAGCUUCUAUGGGUCAACAUGAUCAUGGACACUCUAGGAGCACUUGCAUUAGCCACAGAGCCUCCGAAUGAUGACUUAAUGAAAAGAUCACCGGUUGGUAGGAAGGGAAACUUCAUCAGUAAUGUUAUGUGGAGGAAUAUCUUGGGGCAGUCUCUGUAUCAGUUUGUAAUAAUUUGGUUUCUCCAGACAAGAGGAAAAGCAGCUUUUAGGCUUGAUGGCCCACAUUCCGAUUUAGUAUUGAACACGAUCAUUUUCAACUCGUUUGUCUUUUGUCAGGCUUUCAAUGAGAUCAGCUCUAGAGAGAUGGAAAAAAUAAACGUCUUCAAAGGUAUAAUGGAGAACUAUGUGUUUGUGGGUGUGCUUACUUGCACUGUCCUCUUUCAAAUCAUCAUCAUUGAGUUCCUGGGCACAUUUGCAAACACAACUCCUCUCAGCUCAGAACAGUGGUUUGUAAGUGUUUUCCUGGGAUUCCUUGGGAUGCCAGUAGCAGCAGUUCUAAAGAUGAUUCACGUGGGAUCAAAUUGAAAUCAGGGCAAACUGAAUAGGUGCGUUCUGACUGUACAGCUGUGGAAUAACUUUGAACUAACAUGGAUUUCCGUUUGUAAAAUUUGAUAGGCUAGAAAAGUUAAUACAAAACCUAUGGCUCAAGACGGGCGUGUCUGACAUUUGUGGGGGAGUGUCUAUUCAUGUUAGAUUUUCUCUAGACUUGUAACUUCAGGCUUUGUGAUAUGAAUUGAAAGAUUUGCCUGAUCAUGCGGUUGUAUUAUAACGUACUUAUACGGUAUUUUUAUGAUUGAUCUUGCCAGUUGUUAUAUAA